AGUAAGGCUGUGUUAUGUCCCAUGUCAGGACGACCCAUUAAGAUGAACGAGCUUAUCACAGUGCGCUUCACCCCACUGGACUCAAGCCUGGACCGAGUGGCCCUGCUCACCCGCCAGGACCGGUAUGUAUGUGCAGUAACCAGAGACGUCCUGGGCAACAGUGUCCCGUGUGCUGUUCUGCGACCCUCGGGUACUGUGGUAACUCAGGAGUGUGUGGAGAAGUUGAUCAAGAAGGACAUGAUUGAUCCUAUGACUGGAGACAAUCUUUCUGACAAAGAUAUUGUACCACUGCAGAGGGGUGGAACCGGCUUUGCUGCCUCCGGGGUUGACCUCCGUGCCAAAGAGGCUCGUCCAGUGAUGCAAGUGUGAGAAUAUGGGAUCUUAACGGCGUUGUCGCCAUGACUGUAUGUACAGUACAUCCUAACUUUAGUUCUGUGAUAUACAGUAUGUUUGUAAUGGACUCCUAACAGUGUAUGAACAACUUUCACUUGUUUUGAUGGCCUUUGUAGGUAACUAGCAAUUAGUUGGGGGUUUUUUUAGUCCCUCAUAGAUGUUUUGUCUUUCAUUUAAAAUACAGUUUCAUCCUGAAUAACAUUUUUAUAUUUAAAAGAUUGACUGCCAAUUUAUGAAAAGUAUUUGCAGCCAGUGAUAAUAAAGCAUUUCCACAUCUUACACCCUGA